AUGGCUUUUAGAAAUACCAGUCCUCAUAAUAGUGCUUUAAAAAGACCUAUUUCGGUCGAUAAAUCUGAAUUUUUUGAUAUGUUGGAACCACUAGAAAUUAAUAUUCCCGUAUACCAUGAAAAUUUGUUGAUAAGUAAAAAUACUUUAAGCGCUUGCAUAGCAAAUCUGCCAGAUUUUCUGGAAAUAUAUACUGACGCAUCAAAACAAAAUGACGGUACGGGGUGUGCAUUCUAUAUACCAUCAGCAAACAUUCAAGAAAAAUUCAAACUAAAUAGCAGUACUUCCAUUUUUUCUGCAGAAGCUAUUGGUAUUAUUAAAGCCUGUGAGUAUAUCGAAAAAAGCAAGUUAAAAAAAAUACAUCUUUUGAGUGACUCCUUAUCGGUUCUUAAAUGCAUCGCUAACCCAAUUAAUGUGGUGGCUACUGAUAUAAAUCCUUUUAUUAAAAAACUAAAAUUAAAAAUUCAUAAAUUAAGAAAAAGUCACUACGAAUUAAAAUUCACUUGGGUAAAAGCUCAUAUAGGACUUCGUGGAAAUGAAGUAGUAGAUUCCUUAGCCAAAGAAAGCCUCACAACUGGACAGUAUAUGGAGAACAAUUUAGGAGCUCAAGAAUAUUUAACGAUAUCUAAACGUAAUUUUAAGGAAAAAUGGGAAUUGCACUGGAAAAAAUAUUGCGGUAAUUGCCCCACACGAUACACACUGUUACAUUCAAGUAUUCCGACAGUGUUGUGGCACCAAGAGUAUGAUUUUACAAGGAAUGAUACUGUGACCAUUUGUAGGCUUAAAUUCGGACAUGCAAGCUUUCCUCAACAUUUAUAUAGAAUCGGUGUAGUCAAUACCGAACUUUGUGAAACCUGCAAUGUGGUGAGCGACUUGGAUCACAUUUUUUAUGCUUGUAGUAAAUUUUAA